AUGAACGCAUAUGAGAUCAGAAUCAUCAAACUCGCGAACCCCAGCAAACUAACAGCCCAAUGCAUUCCAAACAUUAGCGAGGUAGCAAGCGGAAACAACGUACAGGACACACUUAUUGUGCAACUUACAGCGGUCAAUGCACUCGCUGUGUGUGGGUCCCUCAACCAUCGCGAUAAAUAUGAGAAGGAAUCUAAUGCCAGAUGGGAUACUGGAGAGCAUGAGCACGAUCCUGUGGACAACUAA